UGAAAAGGGAGGACCAAGUCGAGGCUGUUGACUUUUCUUUCCGCUCUCUCUCCAGUUUCCUGCGCGCUGCCGCCCCCACACCCUCGUUUGCACCAACCGUCAUGAAACUUCACGCAGUCGCUCUCUUCUCCGCACUACAGCUCACCGCUAUCAACGCCGAGCGCCUAAACCCAAGGCAUGCACAUCUCAAGCGCCAGGUCGACCCAAGCCCAAGCCCUUCUGCUCCGACCACGCCUACUCCAGCUCUUCCUCCUCCUCCUGCCACGACUCCGGCAGCUCCGGCGCUGCCUUCUCCGGACACCACCACCCCCGCACAGGCCACACCGCCCGUCGUGAACCCAGUCGACCCAGUCACCCCGCCCGUCUCAAGCUCGACCUCGACAGGACCUCCGCCCUUGGAUACUGGCACCACUAUCCCACCUCUCGCGAGUAUCAGCCUCGGCAUGGCCACCAAGGCGCCAUUGCCAGCCACGACCACCUACCUGCCCGGCGCAACCCCGCCCCUCUCAGGAGCACCCGUCCUCCCGAGCCCGCGCGUUCUUGGCACUUGGCCCGCCCAGGACAAGGUUCCCGAAACCGGCUCGGCGGAGGUGCAGGCGUGGAUGAAGGAGCUCGAUGGGUACGAUAUUCCCGACCUCAACCCCACCGUCGAUGGCUCCUGCGGUGGCGACCCCGCUGCUGCUGCUGACGCUGCCAACCGUGGUUGGUGGACGUGUGGUGGCCACACCCGCGAUACUGGUAUUGUUGCUUGCCCUGAUAAGCUUACCUGGGGUGUCAGGUUUGACGAUGGCCCCUCUCCUUACAGUCGAGUUCUGCUUAAUUACCUCGAAGAGAAGGACAUUUCCGCCACUUUCUUUGUCGUCGGUUCUCGUGUCAUCGAACGUCCUGCUCUUUUGAUCGAGGAGUACAUGGCUGGUCAUGAGAUCAGUGUCCACACCUGGUCGCACAGGGCUCUGACCACCCUCACCAAUGAGCAAAUUGUGGCUGAGCUGGGCUGGACUCGCAAAGCCAUCAAGACCGUUCUUGGAGUCACUCCUACCACCAUGCGUCCUCCUUACGGUGAUAUCGAUGACCGCGUACGUGCCAUUUCCCUUGCCAUGGGCAUGGUUCCUAUUAUGUGGACGCGCACUCCCGACGGUGGCAAGUUCGACACCAACGGCUGGAGAGUCGCUGGUGGAAUCGUCAACGGAACGGAGUCCUUCAGCACCUUUGAGCAGAUCCUUUCCAAUGCCACUGCGCUCGACACCGGCUUCAUCGUCCUCCAACACGACCUAUUCGAGAUCACCGUCGACCUCGCGGUUGGCUACACCCUCGACUACGCGCUCAACCACCAGCCCAGGUUUAACGUGAAAGCCAUCGGAGAAUGCCAAGGCUUCCCAACCGGCGACCUCUACCUCGAGACGAACCAAAAUACAACUUUCCCGUACCCCAACACGACCUCGGCCGGCAUCGACACUGACGGCGACGGGACUGUCGACACCAAGUCGGGCGACGGUGGCUCGACGGCCAGCAGCAACACUACGACUGGCGCGGGCUUCGUCAAUACCGCCCCGGUCCUAGCGUCAUUCGUGUUGGUUGGCGCGGCGCUGAUUAGUUCCUUGCUUUGAG